ACUUCCUUUAACGAUGUAACGAUUAAGACAGCAGCAGACGCUUUGUAAAGGUUUUCACACAUUCUCUGAGGCUGAUAAUUAGGGAGACACGUUUGAGGCUGUUUGGCUAAAAUCAGCUUAUUUGUCUUUAGGGGAAGUAGAAAAGUUUGUUCUGGAAGCUGCUGACAGAGAGUCACCAGAGGCUGAAAACUGAGGAGACAUGGACGCUGUUUUUGGACUGUUGCUGCUGCUGCUGCUGCAUGGCACCUCUCAUGGUGUUGAGACCUUCUGUGAUGGCAGACAGAAUGGAGCUAAAUGUUAUGGAGCUCUUGGAGGAACUGUGGUCCUCCGGCUGAUGGACGACGCCUCAAAAAUAUUUAGAUCCCAGUGGCUAUUUAAUACAACAACAACAAUAUUUCGUUGGAGGGAUAAUACGAUUGUGACUAAUGAGAUAAAGAACCGUUCCUCAUUUAGUCCAAGUAAUGGAACAUUUAGGAUCAAUGACCUGAGCAGGAAUGAUGGUGGUGAAUAUACUCUUGAUGUCUAUAAAGAUAAAAGUGGAACAAAUCGAGAGAAACGCACUCUACAGUUGACCAUUCAAGCUCCUGUGUCCUCUGUCCUGCUGGUCUCUGAGUGUCUGUCCCAGGGAGAGAUGAAGGCCUCAUGCUCCUCUGAGGGAGGGGACGGUCCUCAGUACAGAUGGACUCUGGGUGGACGACCGCUGACACAAACUCAGCUCCUCUCCGGAAAUAGUGAGAGUCAGAACAUCACUCUGAAACAAGACGUGUCAGGAGAACUGGUCUGCUCAGUCAGAAAUGAUGUCAGUGUUGUCCGAAAAGAAAAGCAGACCUGUGGCUUCACAUUUCUCCAGUGCACCUUACCCAAUGGGACGUACAUAUCACAGUGGUUUCCUCCAACUAAUGAAACACUGUGUCCUCCACCAACACCUGAGGGUAAGGAGCCUGACACCACAGUGUCAAAUAAACCCUCUAUUAAUAUCACAUCCUCCAACCACACCAAAGAAGACCCAUGGUACAUCAAAUAUUUGCCGAUAAUAGCCGGUGUGCUCUCUGCACUGCUGAUUCUGUUGGCUGUAGGAGUGGCAGUCGUCUAUGCUCAGAAAAAAAAGCAGAACAAACCUAAAGAAGAGGAUGACGAACAGGAUUUAACCUACGCAGAUGUCAGGAUUGUGCAGCGGCAGGCGAGGGAGGGGAAGCCGAUGCAGCAAAGGGCAGAGAUGGAGGUGGAGUACGGCCAGGUCAAGUUUUCAGAGCGACCUCGGCAGACUGUUGAACCAUCAAGAGAUGACUGCGUGUACGCAAAGGUUCGCAAAGGCAGGUGAUUCACAAAGACUGCACCACUGUCUGCUGACAGAGGAGAUGUGUGUUGGCUUAAGGUCAUUCACAAUCAUUUUAUGUGACUUCAUAUAGGACACAUUUAUGGCCAUCAGUAGCCAUAGAUUCUCAACAUUUUCAUAUUUUUUACUAUACUUAUGGUUAAAUACUUGACAUUAUCUCCAUUGAAUAGCAUUGCUAGCUUUUAUAUACUUCUUUUUAUGAAUUUUAUAAUGGUUAUAUUUUCAAUGCUCCACAACUUAUACCUUCUCUCUUUAUAUUAAGAAUAAUAUGUUGUACUUUCUUGCGUUUACUAGGUUUAAUUUAUGAGCAUAUUUACUAUUAUUUCAUCGUUAAAAUCCUGUAAACUUGCAGUGAAAAUGUACAUAUUAACAAAGUAUAAGAUUGUCUUAAAUGUGCGUUUACAUGUAAUGUACCAUGGCUUCUUUUACAAACGUCAAAAUGAUAUUUUGUAUGUUCUUAAACUCUUUUAAAAGAUGUAAAUGGGUCAGUUGAGGGUUGGAUUGUACUGUGCUGUUUACCUUUGUCUCUGAAGCCCCCCAAAAAGCUUGUUAAGAAAUGUCUCGUCUCUUCGGAAGUUCACAGUGAGCACAAAUUUGUUUCCAUGAUGUCCACACUUCUGCUUUUUCUCAGACGCUGGUUUUCAGUAUUUCAAAAUCAGUGGGUUAAAUAGUUUGUGUCAUUUAUCUGUGAAAUAGUCUUUUAAGGCACGUAUUAUGUAUUUUAAUUGUGCCUCUUGAUGUAUAACAAAAGUAUUUUUAUUUGUUGCAGACGUAAAUAUGAUGCAGCCUUUUUAUGUUAGAUUAUAGUAAAUUAUUACAUUUUAAAUGAUCACAAACAAAGGAGAAAUGUUUUAUUAAUAAGAAGGAAGGAGCGUCACAUUUUUCAACUUUAGUGAAAAAGGAGGAAAACUGAAAGUGACUAAUGUGGUAUGAAAAAUUAAGAAAAUUCAGCCACUUGUAGAUCAAAUCAUAUUGAACCUAAAAGCUUGUCACAUCUGAGCCAGCGAUGUGUUUAUCUUUCAACUCUAUCAAGUUAUCGUUUCUAUUUUUAGAUUGAUGCAUUUCCUAUAACUUGUGGUUUCCUUUUAGAGUGCACCAAACAUAUGCAUCGGAGAACGACUUGAAAGAGAUCACAAUGGAGUUAGCCUUUUUAUGUGCACUGAACAUGUUAACAUGCAAAACAGGUCAAUGUCAAAAGCAACACAUGUAUACAUUUCAGAGAAAUAUCUUUUGGAAAGCUUUAAUCACAUGUGGGUAAAAGCUCAGUUCUGUCUGUCAACAGUAUUUUGCUGUUUGGGUGUGUUCUGGGUCAAACAGUGUUUGGCGAAACCUUUGAUCCUCAGGCCUGGAAUCUUUGGUUUCUGUUUGUAUUAUCACAUUUGGUUCAAGUAAUCCCACAUAAGCCAUGUGUGAUUAAGUUUGUGACCUUAUUGUAGAGCUCUGUGACUUAUGUUUAAGUGAAAUAUAUUAAAGUAAUGCUGAUUUGGUGA